UUCUUCCUUUUCCCCGUCGAGCGGAACUAACGACGGUGUCGGACAUUACUAUCUGUGGAACGAAACUGUGGUUCUGUUUACACUGGAAAAAUUGACAGUCUUCGAGGAUGUACGCGAAGGGGAAGGGGUCCACGGUACCUUCUGAUUCUCAAGCAAGAGAAAAGUUAGCCUUAUAUGUGUAUGAAUAUUUAUUGCACGUUGGAGCACAAAAAGCAGCACAGACAUUUUUAUCAGAGAUACGAUGGGAAAAAAAUAUUACUCUUGGUGAACCACCUGGAUUUUUACAUUCUUGGUGGUGUGUAUUCUGGGAUCUGUAUUCAGCAGCACCAGAGCGACGGGAUUCCUGUGAACACAGCAGUGAAGCCAAAGCAUUUCAUGAUUAUGGUUUUGUAAACAGUGGUUAUGGUGUUAAUGGCAUUGCUCAUAAUGCUGGUCCAGCACCUUCUCCUAUAGGACAAAUGCCUCCCAAUGAUGGAAUGCCUGGUGGUCCAAUGCCUCCUGCUUUCUUUCCAAACAACUCGACAAUGCGACCAUCUCCGCCCACACACCCCUCAUCACAGCCAUCCCCCCAGCACCCCCAGCCGCCCCCGCCCCCACACUCGCAGAUGAUGUCCACUCAGUUUAUGGGUCCUCGAUAUCCUGCUGGACCAAGACCUGGUGUACGUAUGCCACAAAUGGGAAAUGAUUUUAAUGGGCCUCCUGGACAACCAAUGAUGCCAAAUAGCAUGGAUCCAACAAGGCAAGGCGAAGCUGGAGAAUUUGUAGGGUGGCAAGCUCCUCCAGGCAUGAACCCUAUGAAUCCAAGAAUGAAUCCUCCACGAGGACCAGGAAUGGGUCCAAUGGGACCAGGAAGUUACGGACCUGGAAUGAGAGGGCCACCUCCUAAUAGUAGUUUAGGUCCAGGAGGCCCUGGAGGUCCUGGUAUGCCACCAAUGAGUAUGGCUGGACCAGGUGGUAGACAACAGUGGCAACCUAAUACAUCUACGCCAAUGAAUUAUUCAUCAUCAUCACCGGGUAAUUAUGGAGGACCACCUGGUUCAACAGGUCCUCCUGGUCCAGGUACACCAAUUAUGCCCAGUCCACAAGAUAGUAGUAAUAGCGGUGGUGAAAAUAUGUACACUAUGAUGAAACCUGUACCUGGAGGAAAUAUGCCUGGAGAUUUUCCAAUGAGUGGUGGACCAGAAGGUGGUCCAAUGGGUCCUAUGGGUCCAAAUACAAUGGGUCCUGUUCUAAAUGGUGAUGGUCUUGAUGGAAUGAAAAACAGUCCAGCUAAUGGUGGUCCUGGAACACCACGAGAAGAUAGUGGAAGUGGAAUGGGUGACUAUAAUCUGGGUGGUUUUGGAGGUCCUGGAGAAAAUGAUCAGACUGAGUCAGCGGCCAUACUCAAGAUCAAGGAGAGCAUGCAGGAAGAGGCGAAGAGGUUUGAAAAGGAUUCAGAUCAUCCUGAUUAUUACAUACAAUAACUUUUCACGAGUCGUUGGGCCCUGAGACCAAACUAAUGUUUUAAGAAAAACAGAUCACAAAAUCAAUUCCCCCUUUCUCUCUCUCUCUCUCUCUCUCUCUUUCUCUUUCUCUUUCUCUUUCUCUCUUUCUGUCUCUCCUAAAUCCAAAAAUCUCCUCACUGCACUUAUAUUUCUGUAAUCUCAUUCCUAUCAUUAAUACAUCCUUUUUCAACUUCGAAUCAUUAAAAAAUAUGUGCAGAGAUACAGGAAAUUUUUUUUUUUUAAAGUGCAAGGAAAGAGAAGGUUAAGCUCCUUAAAAAAAUGCACAAGAAUAAUGUAGAAAUUGAAGAAGUUUUUACUCCUUUGCGAAGUGAUGGGGUUAUGUCCCAUGAUUUCUUCAUUCCUCUUCGAUAACGAAAAGGACAUAACCAUUUAAAGUAAGAAUUAUCGAAUUUUCAGAAAAACUUUUGCAAAAUUUUUCGUAAUUUUGCGUUGACGUACAUUCUUAAAAAUGGUAUAUACGAUCAUCUCGAAUCAUCGUCGAUCGGUGAUAUUUGCUUUGCAAAUGGACUCGAAAUAUUUCCUUCGAGUGACAUCUAGUAUCGCUUAAAGGAAAUAAUUAAGAUUUUAAUAUGUAGAAAACUGUUAUAGUUAAAAAA